CGGAGUUUUGUGUUGUGUUGUGGACUUGCUCCUGGCACUUGCAGCACCCGUACCAGUAGCUCGGCAGGCCCGCUGCGCCGUUGCGGCGUGAAAUGCUGCGGUAGCAAACACGGCACCAGAAACCGACAGACAUCGGUAACGUACGCUCCGUAGCAACGGCAGCAAUGGCGACGGCGAUGGCGACGGGGAUGGCGACGGCGACGGCGAGACUCCGAUCCGCUGCGUCGAGGGCCGUGGGGAGGACCGCGCUCCGGUUCGGACCGGCCGGUCCCGUUCUCAACGGCCACCGGACCGUGCCGGGAAUCCUCCUGCCGACAGCAGCAGCAACGACCGUGUCCACCGUCCCGUGGCCCUCCUUUCGAAGGCACCCGUCCUUUUCGACCACGCCGGACCGCGGCGAGCCGAUCCCGGGAGAGGAGGGAAGCGAAGGGCAGCGACAAGGACAAGGACAAGGACAACGACAGCACGUUCGGGAUCCGCCCGCGGCGUCGUGGAUGAAAGCCUACCGCCUCCUGGAGAAGCACCACAGGGAACACGGGACGACGAUGGUGUCCACCACCGCCGCCGCCGACGACGGUAGCGGUCCCUCCAUCGCCGCGUGGGCAAGCCUCCAGCGCAAGAGGCACAAGAGCCUCUCGCCCGAGCAGAAGGAACUCCUCAACAAGAUCGGCUUUGUCUGGGACUACCAGGAGGCCAGGUGGCUCGAGCAGUACGAACGGCUCUGCGACUACGAGCGGCGCAAGCUCCCCAGCAAGCUCCGCGCCACAGAAAACGGCGCUUCCCCCAUCGACCUGGAAUCCGUCUUCGAGAAGCGCUACCACGGGGACCCGGUCCUCAAGCGGUGGGUCGACGCCCAGCGCCUGAGGUACCGCAGGGAAUCCAUCUCGGCCGAGAAGGUCCGCCUCCUGGAGGAGGUCGAGGGCUUUUUCUGGGACGUCAAGGAGGCCCGGUGGGCCGAGAUGCUCCGGCGGCUCUCGGUCUACGCGGAGGCCCACGGCGGCUCCUGCAGCGUCCCGCAGAACUAUGCGGACGACCCGCAGCUGGCCUGCUGGGUGGCGAACCAGCGGCAGCGCAGGCACCAGCUGACCUCGGACCGGAUCCAGCGCCUGGACGCGCUGGGCUUUGUCUGGGACGUCCGGGAGCUCCGGUGGCUGGAAACCUACGAGGCCUACAAGGCCGCCUUUUUCGGCGGGGGCACUUGCGGCGCAAGGGGGGACGACGAGCAGGCCAGGCAGCUCGGGGACUGGGCCAUCAAGCAGCGCAACUGCUUCCGGAGGGGCACCCUGUCCGCCCGGCGGGUGCAGAAGCUGGAGGAGCUCGAGGACCCCUCGGACGGCUCGAGGUUCGUGUGGGAUCCCCACGAAGAAAACUGGAUGGACAUGUACCGCGAGCUGGAGGACUUUCGAUCGGUGCACCACCACGUCGUGGUGCCCACGCGCAGCAGCAGCGUCGGCGGCAACGAAACGGCCAGAGAAGGCGACGCAUCUCCCGAAGACGAACCACCACGGUCGUCGUCGACGUCGUCGUCGACCAACCCCUACAAGCAGCUCGGCACCUGGGCCGCCAACCAGCGACGGGCCUACAAGAUGGGAACCCUGUCGGACAAGAGGGUGGAGCUGCUGGAACGGCUCGGCUUUGUGUGGGACGUCCCCCGGGCCCAGUGGGAGGAUUCCUACCGGCGCCUUCUCGAGUACCAGAGAGAGCAGCUCGAGGCCGGGAGGGAAGCCUCCCAGUCGACGAUGGUCCCGCAGCACUACGACAAGGACCCACAGCUCGCGACCUGGGUCAAGGAGCAACGCCAGUGCCGGAAAAACAAGAGCCUUCCGCCGGACCGCGAGCGGUUGCUGGAAAAGAUUGGCUUUGUGUGGACGGUUGCCGGAACGGGGUCGUCGCCGCCACCAGGAGACUAACAAAGCCCCGAGAGGGAAGACACAACGAUCGGAGACACGGCCUCGGGUGCGGGCAGAGAGAGAUCGAGAAUCCGGCAACGGUUUCGGGCAGAAACAGCUUCUGGCACGCCCGACGAACACGGAUCGGGAAGAAACACUUGCAGCGAAUGUCGCUGCCGACGUCUUGGACGGCCGUUACGGGUGCAGAAAUUUGCCGUGCCGAAAGCGACAACCAUAAUGAAUUUCUGUCUGCGGAUAUCGUUUUUUCGGAACCGGUGUCGCCCUCGAUUUGCAUCGUUGCAAGAAUCGGUGUCGCGAAACAGAAUCCAAUUCACUUUGUUGUGCCUGAUUGCAUUCGGAUCUUUGUCUGGAAGGCUCCCCAAGACCUUCCUGCCAAAGGGGUUGUUCCUCGACGCUGACUGCGCACUUGUGUUGGACAAGCUAAUGCGGAUGUAGAAUAACCACGUUAGGAUCCGAUCUUCUCACGCAGUAAUACUUCCGCCAUCGACACGAUCCGGCUUGGACGGGUACUAGGCAGAACCAAAGGUAUUCUAAUACUUAGCGGGAGACUACUCUGUAAAUGUACUGCGUCAGAAUUAUUGUUGA